AUGGACAUCAACCAGCUACCGGUGGAGUGUAUUUCUUCCAUUCUGGCCUUCUCCUCGCCGAAGGACGCCUGUAGAUCCGCCACCGUCUCGCCGGCUUUCAGAUCCGCCGCCGAUUCCGAAGCUCUGUGGACCACUUUUCUGCCGUCCGAUUACCGGCAGAUUAUUUCUCAGGCUUCGUCCCCAUCUACCACGUCGUUUCUGAAUUCCUUGUCCAAAAAGGCUCUCUACUUCCAUCUCUGCGAUCGUCAGCUUCUCAUCGGCUCUGGAAGGAGGUCGAUGACUUUACAAUGGAGAGUGGGCUGA